UAUAUAUAUAUAUAAAGAUCAUGUAAUUAAAUUACUCCAUAGUUUCCUUUCUCCAAAAUUUCAAUUUUUUUUCUCUUUAAUAUUUAUAUAAUUCCAAAAAUGCCCCCAACACUUUUAACAGUCUAUCUUCUUUAGUCCCUCCAUUGUACUUUGUACUUCAACUUGCCACCAAAAAGCAACCACCAUGGCCGGCGGGGCAGCCACCGUGGUUGCCGGAGACCACCCUAUCACCACCCUACUCCGGCAACUCCAUGAAGUAUCACAGAUCUCAGCUGUUGGAUUUAAUGGUAAAUUCAAGAAAGAUUGUAUAGAUUUAUCAAGAAGAGUUACACUCUUAGCUCAUUUGGUUGAUGAGUUAAAUGACUCAAAUACCCUUUUGAGUUGUUCAUUGGAUUCUUGUUUUUCUGAUCUGUUAGUGGCUUUUCAAAGUGUAAAGCAAUUGCUUUUAGUAGCUAAUCAAGUUGAUAACAAGAUCCCCACUGAUGUUGCGGUGAAGAAAAUAAAUUUUCAGUUUCAAUGUGUUACAUGGAAAUUGGAGAAAGCCCUUGCUAGCUUCCCAUAUGAUCAAUUUGACAUAUCAGAAGAAGUACAAGAGCAGGUUGAAUUGGUGAGAGCACAGUUGCGACGAGCCACGGAAAGGUAUGGUGGCCCUGUAAAGUCAAACUUGUUAUAUCGAGCAUCGUCACAGCCGCUGGACAAGGAGAUUGAUCUACUCCAUUCAGGAAAUAGUGGAAUUGGAACUUUACAUAUAGAAAAUAUUGGCAAUAUUGACCAUGAAGUUAGGCCAAAAGUUCGAGGUAUUCCUCGAGGUAGUGUUCCAAAUGGAAGUGCGUGCAGCCAGAUAGUUCAGGAGUCGGAAAGAAUAGGAAAUUCAUCCAAACUGUCUGAGGUUGGUGAUCCGGAGAUUUCUGGGGAAGAUGACUCUGCGUUUAAGAGUCACGAGGAUAGUAAAAAGUUCAUCUGUCCCAUAACUCCUACAGAGUUUCUUUGCCCAAUAUCCCUCGAGCUCAUGAGGGAUCCCGUUAUUGUGGCUGCCACGGGGCAGACUUAUGAGAGAUCGUGCAUACAACAAUGGAUAGAUGGUGGCCACACAACGUGCCCAAAAACUCAGCAACACCUCAACAACUUCACGCUUACACCAAAUUAUGCUUUGCGAAAUCUAAUAAGUGAUUGGUGUGCAAAGAACGAUAUAGAGGAGCCAACCGUAUAUGCAAAUGGGAAAAUAAAGAAAAGUGAUGGAUCAUUUCGCUAUGUUAAUGGGGAAAUAGGAGCUAUUGAGGUAAUUGUCCGAAAGCUUUCAAGCAGGUCCAUAGAGGAUUGCAGGGCUGCAGUAGCCGAGAUCCGUUCACUUUCCAAAAGAAGCACAGACAACAGAAUUUUGAUUGCUGAAGCAGGAGCAAUUCCGGUCUUAGUUAAGUUGUUGACAUCCGAAGACAGGCAGAUCCAGGAAAAUGCUGUCACCGCGGUUCUUAACCUUUCUAUAUUCGAUGACAACAAACGGAUUAUAAUGCUUGCCGAUGCCAUUCCUUCUAUCGUUCAAGUCCUCAGAGCAGGAAGCAUGGAAGCAAGAGAAAAUGCAGCAGCAACCAUUUUUAGUCUGUCGCUUGGAGACGAGAAUAAAAUAUUAAUAGGCGCAUCUGGUGCCAUACCAGCUCUCAUAGAUUUGCUUCAGACAGGAAAUACAAGAGGAAAAAAAGACGCCGCAUCAGCAUUGUUCAAUUUGUGUAUAUAUCAAGGAAACAAAGGUCGAGCUGUUCGGGCAGGGAUUAUACCAGCACUGCUGAAAAUGCUGACAGAUUCAAGCAGCUGCAUGGUCGAUGAAGCUUUGACCAUUCUCUCGGUCCUAGCCAGCCACCAAGAAGCUAAGGCAGCCAUAGCAAGGGCUAGCACAAUCCCAGUAUUGAUAGAUCUUCUAAGGACAGGUCUACCUCGUAGUAAAGAGAAUGCGGCUGCCAUCUUACUCUCCUUGUGUAAGAGAGAUUCCGACAAUCUUGCUUCCCUUUGUAGGCUCGGUGCAGUUAUACCUCUUACAGAACUCGCUAAGAGUGGAACGGAGAGAACCAAGAGGAAGGCUACUUCAUUGUUGGAGCACCUUAGAAAGUCUCAGCAACAUAGCACGCGCAGUUAGUUACUUUCAUUCUUAUCUUACCACGAAUACUACACGAUAUCUUUUACAGUUAAUUUACUCCGUUUACUUGUAUGCCAUAGAUUGGUUUCUUUUUUUUUUUUUUUUUUUCUUAAAAUUACUCAACUAUCAGUUCAUCACAUUUGUUGGGAUGAAGGUGUAUAAACUAAUGUAUGAAACAAAACAUUUUGAUAUAUAUAUGGAGAAUUCUACUUUC